GGCAUUUCGGGGGAGUCCCCUCCCCUCCCCAGCUCGGGGGUCUCGGGGCCCCAUGAGCCGGGGCGCGGGCGCGCUUCAGCGCCGGACAACGACCUACCUCAUCUCGCUGACCCUGGUCAAGCUUGAGUCGGUGCCUCCGCCGCCGCCUUCUCCGUCUGCGGCCGCAGCUGGUGCCCCGGGGACCAGAGGUACCGAGACCGGGGAUCCUGGUAGCCCCCGAGGCGCGGAGGAGCCGGGCAAGAAGCGGCACGAGCGUCUCUUCCACCGGCAGGAUGCGCUGUGGAUCAGCACGAGCAGCGCGGGCGCCGGGGGCGCCGAGCCCCCAGCCCUGUCCCCGGCUCCGGCCAGUCCGGCCCGCCCCGUCUCCCCGGCUCCCGGCCGCCGCCUCUCCCUCUGGGCCGCCCCUCCCGGGCCCCCACUCUCCGGGGGGUUGAGUCCGGACCCCAAGCCCGGGGGCGCCCCCACCUCCUCCCGGCGCCCCCUGCUCAGCAGCCCGAGCUGGGGGGGUCCGGAACCCGAAGGCCGGGCGGGCGGCGUCGUCCCCGGUUCUUCCUCCCCGCACCCCGGCACCGGCAGCCGGAGGCUCAAGGUGGCGCCUCCUCCGCCGGCUCCCAAGCCUUGCAAGACCGUGACCACCAGUGGCGCCAAAGCCGGCGGGGGCAAGGGCGCCGGUAGCCGCCUGUCAUGGCCCGAAAGCGAGGGCAAGCCCAGGGUCAAGGGGUCAAAGAGCAGCACGGGGACUGGAGCUUCUGCCGCUGCUGCUGCUGUCACCGCCGCCGCCGCCGCCGCCGCCGGGGGAGGGGGAGCGGUAGCCACGACCGCCGGUGGGGUCGGGGCUGGGCCCGGAGCCCGAGGGAAGUUGUCCCCUCGGAAAGGCAAGAGUAAGACCUUGGACAACAGUGACUUGCACCCGGGACCGCCUGCUGGCUCUCCUCCUCCGCUAACCGUCCCAGCAACCCUGGCUCCAGCCGCUGCUGUCACCGCCGCCUCCGCGCUGCCCACUGGGCCUGCACCUCCAAUCACUCUGGAACCUCCAGCUCCGGGGCUGAAACGGGGCCGGGAGGGGGGCCGAGCAUCCACUCGAGAUCGCAAGAUGCUCAAGUUUAUCAGCGGCAUCUUUACCAAGAGCACAGGGGGGCCUCCUGGCUCCGGACCUCCUCCCGGACCCCCGGUCCUGUCUUCUGGCAGCGGGUCUAGGGAGCUGCUGGGUGCAGAGCUCCGCGCUUCCCCUAAAGCUGUGGUCAAUAGCCAGGAAUGGACUUUGAGCCGCUCCAUUCCUGAACUGCGCCUGGGUGUGCUGGGUGAUGCCAGGAGUGGGAAGUCAUCGCUCAUCCACCGAUUCCUGACCGGUUCAUACCAGGUGCUGGAGAAGACAGAGAGUGAGCAGCACAAGAAAGAAAUGUUAGUGGAUGGACAGACUCAUCUGGUGUUGAUCCGAGAGGAAGCUGGGGCACCUGAUACCAAGUUCUCAGGCUGGGCAGAUGCUGUGAUCUUCGUCUUCAGCCUGGAGGAUGAGAACAGUUUCCAGGCCGUGAGCCGUCUUCAUGGGCAGCUGAGCUCCCUUCGGGGGGAGGGACGAGGAGGCCUGGCCCUGGCAUUGGUGGGGACACAAGACCGGAUCAGUGCUUCCUCCCCUCGGGUUGUGGGCGAUGCUCGUGCCAGGGCUCUGUGUGCCGAUAUGAAGCGCUGCAGCUACUAUGAGACUUGUGCGACCUAUGGGCUCAAUGUGGACCGGGUCUUCCAAGAGGUGGCCCAGAAGGUGGUGACCUUGCGCAAACAGCAACAGCUUCUGGCUGCCUGCAAGUCCCUGCCCAGCUCCCCAAGCCACUCAGCUGCUUCCACUCCUGUAGCUGGGCAGGCUAGUAACGGGGGCCACACUAGCGAUUACUCUUCUUCCCUCCCAUCCUCACCCAAUGUUGGUCACCGGGAGCUCCGAGCUGAGGCAGCUGCCGUGGCUGGAUUGAGCACCCCAGGGUCCCUGCACCGGGCAGCCAAGCGCAGGACCAGCCUUUUUGCGAAUCGUCGGGGCAGUGACUCUGAGAAGCGGAGCUUGGACAGUCGGGGAGAGACGACGGGGAGUGGGCGAGCCAUCCCCAUCAAACAGAGCUUCCUACUAAAGCGAAGUGGCAACUCCUUGAACAAAGAAUGGAAGAAGAAAUAUGUGACCCUGUCCAGUAAUGGCUUCCUACUCUACCAUCCCAGCAUUAAUGAUUACAUCCACAGUACCCAUGGCAAGGAGAUGGACUUGCUACGAACAACAGUCAAAGUCCCCGGCAAGCGGCCGCCACGGGCCAUCUCUGCUUUUGGCCCCUCAGCCAGCAUCAAUGGGCUGGUGAAGGACAUGAGCACUGUCCAGAUGGGGGAAGGCCCUGAAGCCACCACUCCUACCCCAAGCCCGAGCCCCAGCCCCAGUUCCCUGCAGCCACCACCAGACCAGACAUCUAAGCACCUGCUGAAGCCAGACCGGAAUUUGGCCCGAGCCCUCAGCACUGACUGUACCCCAUCUGGAGACCUGAGCCCCCUGAGUCGGGAACCCCCUCCUUCUCCCAUGGUGAAGAAGCAGAGGAGGAAAAAGUUGACAACACCAUCUAAAACUGAAGGCUCGGCUGGGCAGGCUGAAGAGGAAAACUUCGAGUUCCUGAUCGUGUCCAGCACGGGUCAGACGUGGCACUUUGAGGCAGCCAGUUUUGAGGAGCGGGACGCCUGGGUUCAGGCCAUCGAAAGUCAGAUCCUAGCCAGUCUGCAGUGCUGUGAGAGCAGCAAGGUCAAGCUGCGCACAGAUAGCCAAAGCGAAGCCGUGGCCAUCCAGGCGAUCCGGAACGCCAAGGGGAACUCUAUCUGCGUGGACUGCGGGGCCCCCAACCCCACGUGGGCCAGCUUGAACUUGGGCGCACUCAUCUGCAUCGAGUGUUCUGGCAUUCACCGGAACCUGGGCACACACCUGUCCCGCGUUCGCUCGCUCGACUUGGACGACUGGCCUCGGGAGCUGACCCUGGUGCUGACAGCCAUUGGCAACGACAUGGCCAAUCGCGUGUGGGAGAGUGACACGCGGGGCCGUGCCAAACCCACGCGGGACUCUUCGCGGGAGGAGCGUGAGUCAUGGAUUCGCGCCAAGUACGAGCAGCUGCUGUUCCUGGCGCCGCUGGGCACUUCCGAGGAGCCGCUGGGCUGCCAGCUGUGGGCCGCGGUGCAGGCCCAGGACGUGGCCGCCGUUCUCCUGCUUCUGGCCCAUGCGCGACACGGGCCGCUCGACACCAGCCCAGAGGACCCUCAGCUUCGCUCCCCACUUCACCUGGCGGCCGAGCUCGCCCACGUCGUCAUCACGCAACUGCUGCUAUGGUACGGCGCCGACGUGUCCGCCCGCGACGCGCAGGGCCGCACGGCGCUGUUCUACGCCCGCCAGGCUGGCAGCCAGCUGUGCGCCGACAUCCUUCUCCAGCACGGCUGCCCGGGUGAGGGCGGCAGCACAGCCACCACCCCCAGCGCGGCCACCACCCCCAGCAUUACCGCCACGCCCAGCCCCCGUCGCCGGAGCAGCGCCGCCAGCGUGGGCCGAGCCGACGCCCCCGUCGCGCUGGUAUAGUUGCGCCGCCGGAGAGACACCCCCUACCCCACCACGGGCCGGGCACGACCACACUGGGUGGACCGCUGGACAGAUGCACCCACUCACCUCUCCAAUCCGCACCCCGUCCCAUGGGAGCAUUUCUUACCACCCCCCCCCCAAGAGGGCACAGCCCCCACGCCUCUCAGAAGACACAAACUCACCUCCCUCUCCCCAACGAGGCAUGGAGACCCCAUCUUGACACGCCCCCUCUCCACUGUUUGCACACUCGGAUUGCUCUGGGUCUACCCUCUGGGUGUUGGCGGGAGGGGACGCCCCCAUCGCGGUCCCUGCUCCUGCCUGUUUGGAUGUGCCCGCUCGCGCCCCCUAGGGGUGGGGGAAAAGACCCAGUCCUGCCUGUGCUCGACAGUACCACGGCGCGCGAGCACUUACCCAGGCUGGCUCCUGGGGCGACGCCACGCCACAGGGAGGGGUUAGUAAGUGGGAGGGCUAGCCCUGGGACUUGGGGCCAGUAAGGGGGACCCUACCCCUUCCAUGCUAAUCUCACUGCCCAGUGAAGGGGGAAGGGCAGCGAGGGGCAGGACCCCUGCUGCCCAUGGGGGUAGGGGGUCCCCAACCCUUUCCGUGAAAGGGACCAUGAGGAGUGGAAAUCAGGACGUUCCCCCCACAUCCACCCAUGGAUGGAAGCUAGAGGGUCGGGGGAGCCUAAAGCCUGGGUCCCUCCUCACUACCAUCUCGGGAGGGAGAAGGGAUGGAGCAGGAGCGGG